CGGAGAUUCGAGGUCCCAGAGCAGAGCUAGGACGCGGGGUGCUUGCUGUUUCUGUUCUUCUGGGGGCUUCCCCAGAUUUGGAGGAGUUUUGAGGAUGAGUGGAACCGGGGCUCCCGGGCAGAGGGCGGCGAGAGGGAGCCGAGCGGGGAAAGCGGCCGACGCUCGCGGCGGGCGGGCGCAGACUGAUACACCUCGGGAAGCCGGGAGCUUGACCCACCAGCCCGAGAACCUGCUACCCGCUGCCUCCAGCUGCUUGGCCCCUGGAGACCGAGCUGGAUUCAGAGCCAGCAGACAUCACCCUUUCUUCCCAAACCUAGCUGUUUGUUUGUUUCUGUUGCUCUUCCUUCUCCCUUCUGUGCUCUCCCUCCCGUGCCCCCGGUGCCUCCGAUCUGUAUUGUCUCCAGAGCCGCAAACGUCUUACUCCUUCCGUGGCCUCCAGAUCUCCUCCUUUGCCAACCGCAGCUGGACGCGCACGGACGGCCUCGGGUGGCUGGGGGAGCUGCAGCUCUAUACUUGGCGCAAUGAGUCGGACACCGUCGGCUUCCUGAAGCCUUGGUCUCAGGGCACAUUCAGCGAGCAGCAGUGGGAGCAGCUGCAGCAUACGUUUCAGGUUUAUCGCAGGAGCUUCACCAGGGACAUCUGGCAAUUCGUCGAAAUGCUGCACCGCGACUAUCCUCUUGAGAUCCAGAUAACUUUAGGAUGUGAGUUACUUCCGAGGAACACCUCUGAAAGCUACUUUCGUGCAGCAUUUCAAGGAAAGGAUGUCCUGAGUUUCCAAGGAAUGUCUUGGGUGCCAGCCCCAGAUGCCCCCCCUUGGAGCCAGGACCUCUGCAAGGUGCUCAAUCGGGACCAAGGGACCAAGGAAACAGUGCACUGGCUCCUCCAUGACGUCUGGCCCGAAUUGGUCAGAGGCCUCUUGCAGACGGGGAAGUCCGAGCUGGAGAGGCAAGUGAAGCCGGAGGCCUGGCUGUCCAGUGGCACCCCUCCCCGGCCUGGCCACCUGCGGCUGGUCUGCCACGUCUCAGGAUUCUACCCAAAACCCGUGCGGGUGAUGUGGGUGAGGGGCGAGCAGGAGGAGCCUGGCACUCAGCAAGGAGACGUCAUGCCCAACGCCGACUCGACUUGGUAUCUGCGAGUAACCCUGGAUGUGGAGGCUGCGGAGGCGGCUGGCCUGAGCUGCCGAGUGAAGCACAGCAGCCUGGGAGACCAGGACAUCAUCCUGAACUGGGAUGGGAACCGUGUCUCCAGGGGCUUGAUUGUCGUCCUGGUAAUCCUGGUGGUGUUUGUCCUUCUGGUUGUUGGAGGCUUAGUCUUCUGGUUUAGGAAGCACCGCCGCUAUCAGGAUAUCCCAUGACUCUCCUCCCCACAUCUAUCUGUCUGGACUUCAGGAUCUCUGGGCUUUAGCCCUCAGAAUUUGAAGGUGAAAGAGAGCUACCUUGAAGAAGCAGAGAGAGAAACCUUUGCAAUAUUUGGGGUGUUGUUCAGUUGCUCAGUCGUGUCUGACUCUUCAUGACCCCAUCAUUUCAGUUCAGCUGCUCAGCAUACCAGGCUUCCCUAUCCUUCUCCAUCUUCUGGAGCUUACUCAAACUCAUGUCCAUUGAGUCAGUGAUGCCAUCCAACCAUUUCCUGCUCUGUCGUCCCCUUCUCCUGCCUUCAAUCUUUCCUCGCAUCAGGGUUUUUUCUAAUGAGGCAGCCAAAUACUGGAGCUUCAGCUUCAGCAUCAGUUCUUCCAAUGAAUAUUUUGAGUUGAUUUCCUUUAGGAUUGAUUGGUUUGAUCUCUUUGCAGUCCAAGGGACUCUCAAGAGUCUUUUCCAACACCACCGUUCAAAAACAUCAAUUCUUUGGCGCUUACCGUUCUUUUUGGUCCAACUCUCACAUCCAUACAUGACUACUGGAAAAACCAUAGCUUUUGCUAGACGGACCUCUGCUGGCCAAAUACCGUCUUUACUUUUUUUUUUUUUUCAAUUUUAUUUUAUUUAUUUAUUUUUUUAUUUUGUUUUUAUUUCUUUUAAUUAGUUGGCGGCUAAUUACUUCACAACAUUUCAGUGGGUUUUGUCAUUCAUUCGUAUGAAUCAGCCAUAGAGUUACACGUAUUCCCCAUAUCGAUCCCCCCUCCCACCUCCCUCUCCACAUGGAAUAUUACUCAGCCAUUAAAAAGAAUUCAUUUGAAUCAGUUCUAAUGAGAUGGAUGAAACUGGAGCCCAUUAUACAGAGUGAAGUAAGCCAGAAAGAUAAAGAACAUUACACCAUACUAACACAUAUAUAUGGAAUUUAGAAAGAUGGUAACGAUAACCCUAUAUGCAAAACAGAAAAAGAGUCACAGAAAUACAGAACAGACUUUUGAACUCUGUGGGAGAAGGUGAGGGUGGGAUGUUUCGAAAGAACAGCAUGUAUAUUAUCUAUGGUGAAACAGAUCACCAGCCCAGUUGGGAUGCAUGAGACAAGUGCUCGAGCCUGGUGCACGGGGAAGACCCGUCUUUACUUUUUAAUACGCUGUCUAGGUUUGUCAUAGCUUUCCUUCCAAAGAGCCAGCAUCUUGAUUUCAUGGCUGCAGUCACCAUCUGCAGUGAUUUUGUGUGGGAACAAUGUUUUACUGAUUUCUCAGAAAUACCUCCUGGAAUUUAAUACUCAUUUUCUCUUCCUUGCUUGCUCUUCCCCACCCUUAAUUUAGACAUUCUGACUGACAUGUCAGCAUUAGCUAGGUGCCGUUCUGUACACAGAACAAACCCGCUUAUCUUCAAAGACCUUUCCUACAUGUCUUAUAUGAUUACCUCCAGACCUCCAGGAGGAAGCCUCCUUGAUCCCUGAAUUCUAGUCUCUGUCUUGCUUUCCUGCUCAUACUUAAAGAUUACAAGAUAAGUUACCAAUAAAAUAUGUGCUCAGCACUUCUUGGGGAGUUGCUUGUCUGAAUGCUCUUCCUGUGCUGUCUGUCAUAAUACUGUGUGUUUGUAUUAUUCAGUGCGAAGCCACCACAGUUUUGGAGCCCAAGAGAAUAAAGUCUGUCGCUGUUUC